CUACACUUGUGCGCCCGGUAGUUUUCGCGCGCCUCCCUUCGUCGUCGCGACGCCGCGCCAUUUUCUCGCGCACGUGGGCGACGACGGCUUUGUGAGGGCACCCGGCUCGAACGCCAUUAACGCGGCCGUCGUGAAUGAAUGCCGACCUCGACCGGGUGGCUAGCGUCCAUUGAUAGGGCGCGCGGCGGUCCACGACCGCGGCACCGCGCCUCAUCGAACGGGGGCGGCGUGCUGCACGCCCUCGCCGACUCGUGCUCGCCUCAGUCGAGGAUGUGGCGCUCUCGGCGCGACGACACUCAACGCGUGCAAAAUUUGUGUUCAUUUAUCAGUAGACGCUCGUGACCAUUCAGUGUGAUUACCGUACCGCUUUUCGUAGAUUCCUAUACGUAAUGAUCUGUGAUCACGUCAAUUUCUUUAGGACAUUAAGUAAAUAAGUUAGUUUUACCGCGCUUUUGCAGCGUAGUCCAUCGAAGCGCAAAUCGCUGUGUUUGUGUGUAAGCGUGUCUGUGCCGAAGUGUGUGCGUGUGCGGCUGUGCCGCUUAUGGUGGUGUGGAGUGCGCGGUACGGGGAUGCGCUCGUGCGAUGCUCUCGGUGUUCGCGAUGCGUCGGCCGGAGGACGAGGAGCUAGGCGGUCGCGGCGACGGCGACGAGUUCGUGGACAUCUCACAUAUGCAACUACUUGUAGAGGCAGGCCCGAGCGGGUUGCACUACGGCGGUCCGCAACCACCUCUUGCGCAGCCGCAGCCCUACGCUCAACUGCCUGCGCACACGUCCCCAGUGACGGCCACGGCCACCUCCACUACCGCCUCCGUCGACGACUUGUUUGCCCUCUAUUUUACACCAACCACCCAUGGUACUUUGCCAGGCGAUGAGUUGUCGCUGGGAUGUUCGCCGCGGCGACACAAACAUGAGGCUUCGUUGUCUCCCGGUGCGCGCGCCGAGGACGCCAGUAAUGCGUCAAGCGCAAGCGCCUCGCUAUAUGCAACACCGAUGGGUGGCAAACGCGCACCCUCGCCUCCGCUACAGUGGCUGCUGCCGUCUGGUCCCGGCCCAGGUAGCGUCGAUAAAUAUUUUCAACAAGAGUAUGAAGAACGUAUUGAACUACUCCCUCCUGAAUGUCAGCCUUCUUAUUGUCCCCCUCCACAAGCUUGUCCGCAACAACAUUGUGAAUAUCGACCUCAGCCUCAGCAACAACCCCAACAUUCGUGGGAAACACAAGAGUAUGCUAGCGUACCGCAGCCGACUCCUGGACCCUCAGGAAUACCUAAACGAGAGCCUUAUCCUAGUCCAGCCAGCGACAGGCCUGUUCAGUUAGCCGAAUUUAACCAGUCCACGAGUAAAGGUCACGAAAUUCUUUCUCAAGUAUAUCAGCAGAGCGCUCAACCUCUUCGAUUAGUUGCUGUUAAGCCUCGCAAGUAUCCUAAUCGUCCGAGCAAGACGCCUGUUCACGAGCGGCCUUACGCCUGUCCUGUGGAAGGAUGCGAUCGCAGAUUUUCACGAUCGGACGAGCUGACGAGGCACAUACGCAUUCACACAGGCCAAAAACCGUUCCAGUGUCGCAUCUGCAUGCGCUCGUUCAGUCGAUCUGACCAUUUGACGACGCAUGUGAGAACGCAUACAGGCGAAAAACCCUUUGCUUGCGAUGUAUGUGGACGUAAAUUCGCAAGGUCGGACGAGAAAAAACGCCAUGCAAAAGUGCAUUUGAAGCAACGACUGAAACGGGAGCGCGGUGGAGGCGGACCAACGCACCACCACGAGCCGCAUCCGCACGCGCCGCUCUAGCCCGCCGUCCCCGGCUCUGCCGCAGCGACCUCCACCGCGCCCGCGCCGUCGCCGGCGCUUUCGCCCGCACAUUCCAGUGAGGACGCGCCCGCCUCUGUCGCGAGAUCCGGAACCGCGGAUAAAUGAACUGUUAAUUACUUUCACGUUGAAGUUAUUAAAUAAUUUCAUCGCAUAGGUGUAAAGAAGUUGUCUUUAACGAAGCUUUAUUAACUCUACAUUUGUAAAUUCACUGAAAUUUAUAUAUCUUUUUAUACAUAUUUGUAACUAUUACGAUAGAAACGAUCAACUUGAUGUAUUUAUUUUAAUUAGAUAGGAUAAUCGAAUGAAUUAGACUGGGAACAAAUAUAACUACGAAGCGAUGUGGCCUAAAGUGUCCAACGCGACGGAAGAUUACGUGACUACGUCCCCGACAUAUUCGGUGUAGCACUAACACAUAUCUUUCUGUCUGACGAUAGUCUUUAGCUAAACAUUAGAAAUGUUUCCAAGAUUGUUAUUGACCGUAAGGUCAAGUUCAUGUGUGUGCUGAAGUGAUCGUUGAGAAGUGAUAUGUAAUAGGCCUAUUUGCAGAAAGUUUCAGUUCAGAAAAUAUUUGCCAGUUGCUAAUAUAGGUUUAUAGAUUAACGAGCGUAGAUAGGUACUGUUUACUAUUAAAAAUAUUUACCUUCUAUUGAUGUUACAUUAAUUUAUGGCAAACAUUUUCUGACAAAACUGUCUUCUUAUUUAUUAAGUAGGAAUGUAUGUUAAUGUUCUUAUACUUUACAAAACUAACGUGAAACUGUGCCAUCAUUUAACUUUACCACGUGCCACGGCAAUUUGUUUUAAUACUAAGUGUAACACGACUGCUGAUUAAGUGAUAAUUAUUAUGAUAAAUAUCUUAUUUUAUUUUUAAUAUUUCUAGUCGAAGAUAUGGGUGUGAGAAUGUCGACUAAAGUUUGCUCUUGACCGUCAACUAAGAAACCCAUUCCUCCUAUUUUCGACAGCUGCUGUCAUGAUCUUUUCUUGCUCAAAUAUUUGUUUAACAAAAUUUGCUCAAUCCUCUGGUUUUAUACUUACCGACUAAAUGGAUCUUCUACUCUAUAUCUCUAUAUCCGGCUUACUUUUACUGCACUUUGUUUUCUGUUACAUUCUUCCAAUUCUAUUUAUUUAUUUAUUUUUAUAAUUAGACUAAUUUAGUAAAGUUAUUAAGCUCGUAGAAUUUAAAUUUUGAUCUCUUAAUCAAUAUUAAUUAUUUGCAAGUAUAGCGAGGGCCCCUGUUUAUAAUACUCAAGUCUUCUGUUUAGAUACAAAUACCAUGGUGUACAAUCAAUUUUGUUAGUUUCAUAGCAGCUGAAAUUUCAAUUAGGUAGUUAAUUUUAGCGCAAUUGAACCACUUCGGUGGACAGGAUUUCGACCGCUGUCACUGACAUCGAUUAUUUAACUAACAUAACAGUAUCAUUUGUAAUUGUUUACGUAAUGUUUUAUAAUUAAUAUAUAGAGCACAAAUAGUUUUACAUAUUUAUAGUUCAAAGUAUAUACGAAUCUAUAUAUUUAUAUUAAAAGCCUUCAACUUAAAACAUGGUUGUAUAAAAGUUCAAUAGAACGUUAUUUAUUUAAUAAAUUGUUGAAUUGAUCGCUAAGCAAGUGUAGUGCAAUCUGUAAAUAAAUCAAGUUAGAACAAAAAAAAAACAAAUCUAAACUUAGUCACCCUACAAAAAAGUGAUAAAUGUACAACAGGGUGGGCCUUUCGAAUAAAAUACAAUCGUUAUUAAUUAAGAUAUCUGACAAUAAUAUAACUAACAUUUGCGCCUCUUAUGUCUAACCGCGUAAUAAGGUAGCGGCGAUCUAUCCUAGGUUUUUACAAAAUUUUGUCUCCUGUUCUCUCUUCAGCCGCACGUCUAAUCUACCAAACUAAAGUCACCGGAGCUCGAACCGAUCGCACGCUAAUGUACACCUUUACACAAGUAUACUUGAUAAGGAUGUGGUGUACGACUUUAUAAUGUUUUUACUACUGUAGAUGAGACGUAGUCUCUGUUAGGCAAGGCUAGCGUAGAUAGGUUUUAAUAAAGUGUAUUCGUGUUAGUAAAACAAGUGAAAAUUGAAACGGAGAAGACUAAAUUCUUAAACAUUUUAUGUAAUGUUGCAACGCGUUGAAGUUAUUGAUAUACAAUUUGUAUUAUGAUACCAUGUUGAGCGUCUCGUGGUAGCCGGCCGCUCGCUGCGACCACGGGACAGCGCCUACUUACAUUGUUGAAACCUCUAUUAUAUUCCAGCUCUGUUGCGGAACUCUCGCCAUUAGUUACAUUUCAGGUUACUCUCUAGCUCUUAAUGACUUUAUAGAAACGAAUAAAAAAAAGAGAUGUUCAUGGUGUUCACUGGAUAGUGAAGUGUACGAAUUUCCUGUAUGUUGACCUAAAAUUUAAGCUGUCUUAUGUAUUUCACUGGAGUGAAAGAUGUUGUUGAUGUUCUAAAUUUAGAUAGUUUUAAGUCUACUUAGGUAUUGUUAAAUCUCACUAAUUUUUACUAAAUUCUAUUUAAUAUAUUUGUAAAUACACUCCGAUUUCAUUUGAAUUUAAUGUGUAUAUAAGAGAAAAGAACAUUUUUAUUUAAUAUGAAAAUUCACCUAAGGUGCGAAAAUACAAAUUGUUGAAAAAUUUAAA